UUCAAUAAUAAAGCAAGAAGAAAGUCAUAUUUAUUCGCAUUUCCAACGUAGCAGAGUGAAGAACAAGUUGUCUGGCAAAAACUGUGCAUACUUGUAUUUAGAUAUCACUAAGUAACAUUUUAUAAUUAUUGUAACUAUUGUGCAACCAAAUAUGGCUUUUUUAAAUAAGAUAGCUACUACCACCUUGCGUCAAUUGGCAUCUCGCAGUUAUGUCGCCGUUUCUCACGUCACGCCUACUGGUCCUUCCUUCGGCAUAACGGAAGACCAAAAACAAAUGCAGGAACUUACACGCAAAUUUGUGGCGGAAGAAAUUAUACCGGUAGCGGCGCACCACGACAAGACUGGCGAAUAUCCGUGGGAUGUUUUGAAGAAAGCAUGGUCAUUGGGUUUGAUGAACAAUCACAUACCAGCCGAUAUUGGCGGCAUGGAUCUAGAUUGCUAUACCAGUUGUCUAAUUGCUGAAGAGUUGGCUUACGGUUGCACUGGCAUUAUGACUGCCUUGGAAGCGAGUGCUUUGGGUCAAACACCCGUUAUACUAGCCGGCAAUCAGGAGCAAAAAAAGAAAUAUUUAGGGCGUCUAUUGGAAGAACCACUUGUUGCUGCUUAUGGUGUCACAGAACCAGGUGCUGGUUCCGAUGUUAACGGUAUUAGAACGAAGGCUGAACGCAAAGGUGAUGAAUACAUUUUAAAUGGUCAAAAAAUGUGGAUCACUAAUGGUGGUGUCGCCAAUUGGUACUUCGUGCUGGCGCGUACAAAUCCUGAUCCAAAAGCGCCUGCUUCAAAGGCAUUCACCGGCUUCAUUGUCGAACGUGAAACUCCUGGUCUUACGCCCGGUCGUAAAGAACAGAAUAUGGGGCAACGUGCUUCCGAUACACGCGGCAUUACAUUCGAAGAUGUUCGUGUGCCCAAGGAGAAUGUUUUGAUUGGUGAAGGGGCCGGUUUCAAAAUUGCCAUGGGUACUUUCGAUAAAACGCGUCCGCCUGUUGCUGCUGGUGCAGUCGGUUUAGCGCAACGCUGUUUGGACGAAGCAUUGAAAUAUUCACUCGAGCGUAAAACAUUUGGCGUGCCAAUCGCAUACCACCAAGCCGUGCAAUUCAUGCUCGCCGACAUGGCAAUUGGUGUAGAAACAUCACGUUUAGCCUACCGUCUAUCUGCAUGGGAAGUGGAUCAGGGACGUCGCAACAGCUAUUAUGCCUCAAUAGCUAAGUGUCAUGCGGCGGAUAUGGCAAACAAAAUCGCCAGUGACGCUGUUCAGAUUUUCGGCGGAAACGGCUUCAACACCGAUUACCCAGUUGAGAAGCUGAUGCGCGAUGCCAAAAUCUACCAAAUCUACGAGGGCACAUCUCAAAUCCAACGUCUAAUAAUCUCUAGAAAUAUGUUAGAUGAGGCUAAACAAUCAUCGAAAUAAGUUAAGAAAUUUAUUUAUAAGCAUAGGUUGAUAUGUAAUUUAAACCAUCGAUUUAGGAAAGUAUUUAAAAAAUUUUUAAUGAAUAUUAUGAAAUUUUUGUACGAACUUUUGCUUGACUGUUACAAGUGACUGUUACAUGUGAUUUGCAUAAAAAAUGAAAUAUGUAUACAUAAAUAUUGAUAAGUAAACAUUUA